AUGGCGGCAGCAGCCGAGCGCGGCGCGGAGCUGCCCGCGGAGCCGUCGCGGGGGGUUCGGCUGCCGCCGCUGGACCCCGAGGAGGUGACCAGGCGCCUGGCGAGCACUCGCCGGGAGCUAAGCAACAGGCGCAAGAUCCUGCUGAGGAACCUACCCUCCGAGAGCAGCAGCCAGGAAAUCCAUGACUUAUUUAAAGAUUUUGAAAUCAAGUAUUGCUAUGUGGACAGGAAUAAAAGAACAGCCUUUGUGACUCUGUUAAAUGGAGAGCAAGCUCAGAAUGCCAUUCAGAAGUUCCACCAUUCCUCUCUUCGGGGAAAAGAGAUAUCUGUGCAGCUCCAGCCCACAGAUGCUUUGCUCUGCAUUACUAAUUUGCCCAUUUCAUUCACCUUGGAAGAGUUUGAAGAACUGGUGCGUGCCUAUGGCAAUGUGGAGAGGUGUUUUUUGGUCUACAGUGAACUUACUGGGCACUCCAAGGGCUAUGGCUUUGUGGAAUAUAUGAAGAAAGACUCUGCUGCAAAAGCCAGGCUGGAACUGCUGGGGAAACAGCUGGAGGAGAGCACUCUCUUUGCACAGUGGAUGGAUGUGAACCAGCUGACCACAAAUCUUAUUCACUCCAAGUGCCUUUGUGUAGAUAAAUUGCAAAAAGACUACACUGAUCCAAAAGAACUGCUCCAGACUUUCUCCCUGAAGUACAAACCAGUUUUCUGCCAGUUUGCUCAGGAUGAAGACAGUUGCAUUGGUGACUUUGCAGUGGUUGAGUAUGAAACUGCAGAGCAGGCUGAGGAGGUGCAAGAAGUCACUGAUGGGAUGACUGUCAAAGGGAAGAGACUCCAGGUGUCCUACUGUGCUCCAGGAGCUCCAGGCAGAAGCACCUUAGCAGCACUGAUAGCAGCCCAAAGGAUGAUGAGGAACAACAGGAAAGGUUUGCUUCCAGAGCCCAAUCCAGUGCAGAUCAUGAAAAGUUUCAAUAAUCCAGCAAUGUUGCAAAUGCUCCUGCAGCCCCAGCUGCGUGGACAUGCUGUUAAACCUGCAGUUCUUGGAGCAUCUGCAGGUUUACCUCACCUCAUAAAUUCAGCAGUUGGCCCACCCUUUUUGCAGCUGAACAAAGUUCAUCAGAGCUCAAUUCUGGGGAACACAUCUAACUUACUGCUGCAGAGCCCUGCCCACCUCCCACUGCCACAGCAGCCACUGGUGAAGAUUGAAAACAUUCAAGCUAAUAGUAAACCAGGUUUGCUGGGGGAACCUCCAACAAUGCUGCUCCAGACAGUGCUGGGAAUAGGGGUGAUGCCACCCGUGAGUUCAGGCGUGGGAGCCCGUGGAGAAGCUCUGAAGUCAUCUAAUCUGACUCCAAUUCAAACAGCAGCAGCAGCAGGGAUGGGCAUGCUGCCAUUCUUUCCGAAUCAGCACAUUGUUGGACAAACUCUGCCAGGGCAAAACAACGCUCCAGAGAAACAACCAACUCCCGAAGCCGUUGUCUCGGGAUCACAGCCUUAUCAGCAGACCUUAACAAAUCUUUCCCUGGGAGCUCUGAGGGCUGGACAUGCCAAACAGCAAAGUCAACUAAAGAGCACUGAUGCAAAUCUGGGGACUCCCUUGAAAAAACAAACUUCUCUGCUAGGAGAACCACCAAAAGAGAUACGCCUGAGUACCAACCCCUACUUGAACUUGGCAAGUGUGUUGCCUGGUAUAUGUCUUCCAGCAGUUGCCAGCAAAGCCUUCAGUCCACCCCAGCAGACAGGACUUUCCAACAACAUCGGGGAUGCUGCUGUGUCUCAGGGAACUGCAUCACAGCAUGCAAUGGAAAAUUACUUUAAUUACUCUCAACAGCAUGGGGAGUACACACAGGAGGCUGUUCAGCAGUGGUAUCAGCACUAUGCUCAGGCAUAUAACUCUACCCAGGCAAGAGUUGAUGAGUUUGAAAAUGAAGCCUCAGAGGAACCUCCAGGUGGAUUAUUCCCAGACUCCAGGACCUGCUUGCAGGUCAUGCCUACACUUUACAGAGGAGCCCAGGGAUCAUACCACCCAGGCAGCUUGCAGCUUCCUCCACAAAACCCAUUAAAUGAGGUGGCUCCAGCGAGAAGUGAGAAGCGAGGCUCUUCAUACCUCAUGUCCUCCCCAGACCCUGGUCCCGGGGAGCUGCUGGGCCAGCAGACUCAGGGCUCUGCAGUACCUUACACUGAAUCCUCUCUUAAAAAAAAACGAGUUUAUUGAGCCCUUAAAUCAUCCCCUCCCCCUGCCUCAGGGGGUGAGGGCAGGCUUGUACCUCUGCUAUUUAUUGCUGCCUUAACUCCCUACAACUCCUUCUUCAUUAGAAGUA